GGCCGGGGGAAGCGUGGAGGGCGGCGGGAGCGCGACGUCAGAGCCAGCCGGCAGUGGCCGCCGCCGGCAGGUAUAUAUAGGAGGCGCGCCGCCGACUGCGGCAAGUGUUGACGGCGCAGCGACUCGAGCAGCCAAACAUCGGCAUGAGGACCCUGGUGGUGUUGAGCGCGUUGGUGGCCGUGGUGGCGGCGCAGUACCACGGAGGCGGCGGCUACUACAACGGGCCGCAGCCCGGCGGCUACGCGCCUCCGCCGCAGAACGGCAUUCCCCAGGACACGCCCGAGGUCGCGGCGGCCAAGGCCGCGCACCUCAAGGCGCUGACGCAGGCCAACUCGCUGGCGGCCCAGCAGGACGGCUACCAGGGUGGCUACCAGGGCGGCUACCAGGGCGGCUACAACCCGCCCCCGCAGCAGUACUCGGCGCCGCCCCCGCAGCACGGCUACCAGGGCGCGCCCAGGCCUUUCGUGCCGGCGCCGCCGCCCGUGAACGGCGUCCCUCAAGACACGCCCGAGGUGGCUGCCGCUAAGGCCGCCCACUUCGAGGCGUACUCGCGCAACGCCGCCCCCGUCGCCCCCGGCCAGGGCGGCUACAACCCCGGCGCGUACAACACGGGCGCCUACAACCCGGGCGCGUACAACACGGGCGCCUACAACCCCGCGCCGUCGUACGGCGGCGGCCCGCAGCAGUACUCGGGCGGCAACUACGCCCCCAACGCGCCGGCCAACAUCGUGCUGGGACCCGGCGGGGUUCCGCUCGACACCCCCGAGGUGGCCGCCGCCAAGGCCGCCGCCGCCGCCGCCCACCAGCAGGCCAGCGGCACCGGCCAGCAGCAGUACUACGGCUGAGCAGGGCCGGCGCCGCCCACGCGUUCCUAGGGGCCCCGCCGCGGCCCCGCACACCCUCGCCCACUCGAGGACCGGCCUACGGACACCGAGACACACACACACACGCGCACCACCGGGACGCGAGUCGCCGUUCAACACUCGUCCCUCCCCCUUCCUCCUAUCUUCUACUCUUCGCUUCUCUGCCCCCUUCUACUCUGCUACACUCCCAGCUUCUCUCGACGAACAAAAAAGCAACCAUUUUCUGAUUUACAUUUACAGUUCCCGUAAAUGAAGCAGUACACGUUACACUUUAGGAUAACUUCUUCCUUACUCCUAUGUUCUCAGAUUUCCUUAACGAGAUCUGCGUACAUGACGCCCACCUAGAUAAACAGUACAACGAACGUGGAUCUAAAGUUGGAUUCAUAAACAAGUCAUUACAUGAGACAGCUUUAGUUUCUCAAGUGUUUCCACGUGCGAUUGGUGGCACUGUUACGUUUUACUAACAGUCCAUUGUGGAAGCAGAGGAAAGUGCUGUAGCUUUGUUUACUACGAACUGUUGUGUAUGAUAAUUUGUCGCAAAUAUUAUAGCUUAUCUGUUACUCAGUAUUGCAUCGAUAUCUGAGUACAGGAAAAGUUGUAUAAAUAAACGUUUAAAAACAAA